UUCAUUCAGAUAAUAUCUUAAUUCUUGGUCCGAAUGGAUAUUACAUUGAAAUUAAGAUUUCUUCCUCAGAUGAUAGAGACUUUAAAUGUAUUGGAAAAUGUGAUGCUUAUUCCCUUUUUCAAGAUGAUUUGGAAAAAGAAAUUGAAACAAAAUCAAAUCCGGAAAAUUUUGAAGACUUCAUCAAAAAUUCCGACGUUAUUUGGGAGAAUACUCCGAAACCUAUUAAAAAGGAAUAUAAACUACUCUCAGAAGAACUUGAACGAAAAAUUUCGAAUCAAAUUGAGAAUGAAGUAGAUGGUGGAACUUCUUCCUCAAAGCCUGAAAGAACCUUUAGAGGCAAUAAUGUUUCUUAUGUAGCAUAA